GGACCGCAGGUGGAUCCCUCUCGCGACAAUGGCAGACAAGUUCGUGGUGCACAAGUUCGGCGGCACGUCCGUGGGCAGCGCCGACUGCUUCGCCAAGGUGGCGGACAUCGUGUCGGCGGUGGAGGCCCCGCGCGUGGCCGUGGUGGUGUCGGCCAUCGGCGGCAAGCCCAAGGUCACGGACCUGCUCAUCUCGCUGCUGGAGCUGGCCAAGCAGCGCCGCACGGCCGAGUGCGACGAGAUCCUGGCCACGCUGCGCAAGAAGCACCACGACGUGGUGAGCACGCUGCUGCCGCCCGAGGUGGGCGAGCCCAUCGAGAAGGCCAUCGAGCGCGACCUGCAGUCGGUCUCGGAGCUGCUGCGCUCGAUCUCCAUCAUGCAGGCCUACAACGAGAACGUGGUGGAGUUCAUCUCCGGCCACGGCGAGAUCUGGUCGGCCAAGAUCCUCACGGCCGUUCUGAGCGAGAAAAUGCAGAGCGACGGCAAGAAGCACCGCUUCCGCUUCGUGGACGCCCGCGACUUCUUGACGGUCGAGCCGGACAACGAGCACGGACCGGUGGUGCAGUACGAGCUGUCCACGCAGAAGAUGCAGGAGAUCCUCAAGAGCGGCGAGGACGGCGAGCUCACGCACCUGGUCGUCACGGGCUUCAUCUGCAGCACGACCGAGGGCGUCAUGACCACGCUCAAGCGCGACGGCAGUGACUUCACCGCCUCUAUCUGUGGCCGUGUGUUGCACGCCAGCAGCGUGACGAUUUGGACGGACGUGAGCGGUGUGCUGAGCGCUGACCCACGCCGCGUGCCCGAGUCGCAGAUCCUGCCGGAGAUCUCCUACCAGGAGGCCAUGGAGCUCGCGUACUUCGGUGCGAAGGUGAUCCACCCGAAGACCAUGGCGCCUGCUAUUGUGGAGGACAUCCCGAUCUAUAUCCGUAAUACGUUUGAGCCGGAGCACCCGGGCACGAAGAUUUCGCACCACAAGAAGGUGGAGCUCAAGCGCACGCUAUCGAACGGUGCCCCCACGGCGCGCAACAUCGUCAGCGGCUUCUCCACUGUGGAUGACCUCGCGCUGUUCAACAUCGAAGGCAGCGGCAUGGUCGGCGUGCACGGCACGUCUUCGCGGCUAUUCAGCGCGCUGGACCGCGUCAAGGUGAACGUAGUCCUCAUUGCCCAGGCCAGCUCAGAGCACUCGAUCUGUUUCGCCGUGCCCAUGGACUGUGCUGAGAUCGCCAAGGACGUGAUCAACGAGACGUUCUUCAAGGAGAUCCACGUCGGACACAUCGACAAGGCCGAGUACAUUGCGCCGAUCAGUAUCAUUGCGGCUGUCGGUGACCAAAUGAACCAGACUCCUGGCGUGUGCGCUCGCUUCUUCGGCGCUCUGGGCCGUGCCAAGAUCAACGUGCUGGCCAUUUCUCAGGGAUCGUCGGAGCGCAACAUUUCGGCUGUGGUGCGCUAUGAGGACUCGGCCGCUGCACUGCGUGCCGUGCACUCGUCGUUCUUCCUGUCGGACCAGACCCUUUCCAUCGGCCUGAUGGGCCUUGAGUUCGGCGAGGACGAGACCAACAGCAUCGGUGUUGCUCUGCUGAAGCAGUACCACCAGCAGCGCGAGUUCCUGAAGCAGCGCUUCAACGUCGACAUUCGUGUGCGCGCUAUCGGCACCCACAUUACCUCGAAGAUGCUGCUGGACUUCGAAGGCGACAUUACGGAGGAGGCCCUCGCGGCGCGCAAGGACGAGUUCGUGCCCUUCGACCGGGAUCAGUUCCUCAACCACGUGUGCGCCGACCACCUUCCGCACUGGCUCAUCAUCGAUGUCUCUAACAGCUCGCACCACGUGAAGGACCUGUACCCGCAGUGGCUAGCCCGCAAGGUGCACGUCAUGACGUCCAACAUCAACGUCUCGUCGGCCUCGACGGAGCAGCACAACGCUAUGCAGCAGUUGGCAGUCGAGAACGAGCUCACGUACGACCCGGAGGCUACGCUUGCCAUCGGUGUGCCCAUUUUCAACACGAUUCAGAACUUCAUCCAGACCGGUGACGACAUCCAGCGGGUGGAGUACUCGGGUAGCCGCUUCUUGCACGCCGUGUUCGACACCGUGUUCGCUCUUGAUGAGCCGGCCAAGGCUGACCUGGGAGCUAUCAUGAAGGACCUCAUGGAGCAGUACAAGAACGAGUUCAGCGUGCGCGACAUCGUGGACGACGUCAUGGGCGUGCGUAGCGCCAAGAAGGCCAUCAUGAUCGCCCGCGAGAUGGGCUUCGACAUCGACAUGAAGGACGCCGACAUCGAGAGCCCGUGGGAGGCGAGCGCUACGGUGGCGGGAAGCCAGGACGAGGUCGGCACCUGGAGCUACGACUUCUUGCUGGAGCACCUCGUGAAGGCGAGCGAGCCGUUGAAGCAGCAGAUCGCCAAGGCGGCGGCUGACCCGAAGCAGGCCCUGCGUCUGCGCCAGAUGACCUACAUCGACGCGAUCACUGGCAAGAUCUCUGUGCGGGUGGAGGCCCUGGCGCCGACGCACUCGUUUGCGUCGCUCAAGGGCCGCCAGGGUGGCUUUGGCUUCUACACGCUGCGGCAUUCGCUGCACCCCGUGGUGGUCACGGGCCCCAUCGCAGACUGCUCGAUCACGGCGGGGUCGCUCUUCGGCAGCACACUGUUCCUGGCCCGGAAUUGCGGCGCACGCGCCCACAACUGCGGCCACAAGCCGUGCAAGCCUUCACUAAACAAGAAGUAGGCGAGCGCUGAGUGACGAGGCUAGAACCUCGGAGCUGUUAGGUAUGCACAUGAGCGUCAGUACAUAGAGAACCAUAACGUCAAGAAGUGCCAUGUUCAUCAACCUCUUC